GUCAACAGUCGAAGGAUCGAAGGUGAAGGAGCACCGGACCAGACCAGCAAGCGACAGAGACAGAAAGGGAGAGGGAGAGACAAACGAGUGAGAGAAAGAUCAAGAAAGGAAGCCACACACACAGCCAAACUGGCAACCACAAGCUAUCGUCUGGUCGUGGCCCCGGCCAACAGCCAGCGAGGCUCCGGCGGCAGCAAUGUGGUCGUAACAACCACCGGCGGCAACGGCGGCCCCAAUUCCAGCGGCGGCAAUGGGAGCAAUGGCAGCUCUGGGAGCGGGGGCCUCAACGUGACUACCAUCACGACGACGAGCAGCGGCGGCCACAGCCACAGCCAAGUGCAGUCCGGCGGCAGCCAGAGCAACGGCACCACCUACAAGAUAGAGAUGCUCGACGAGGACAUCCAGAGCCUGGGCAGCGACGACGACGAAGAGGAUCUAAUCAGCAGCGAUGGGAGCCUGUAUGACGGCGAUCUCGGCUCGAUACCCGUCAACGACGAUGUCGCCCAUCAGCUGGCCGCCGCCGGACCAGUCGGUGUGGCAGCGGCAGCUGCCAUUGCCAGCUCAAAGAAGCGCAAGCGGCCGCACUGCUUCGAGACGAACCCGUCGGUGCGCAAGCGGCAGCAAAACCGGCUGCUGCGCAAGCUGCGUGGAAUCAUCUACGAGUUCACGGGUCGCGUCGGCAAGCAGGCGGUAGUGCUGGUAGCAACUCCGGGCAAGCCCAACACCAGCUAUAAGGUGUUCGGCGCGAAGCCGCUGGAGGAUGUGCUCCGGAACCUGAAGAACAUCGUCAUGGACGAGCUGGACAAUGCGCUGGCCCAGCAAGCGCCGCCGCCGCCCCAAGACGAUCCGUCGCUGUUCGAGCUGCCCGGCCUGGUGAUCGAUGGGAUACCGACGCCCGUCGAAAAGAUGACCCAGGCCCAGCUGCGGGCCUUCAUUCCACUAAUGCUCAAGUACUCGACGGGACGGGGCAAGCCCGGCUGGGGACGGGAGUCGACACGACCACCGUGGUGGCCGAAGGAGCUGCCGUGGGCCAAUGUGCGGAUGGAUGCCCGCUCCGAGGACGACAAGCAGAAGAUCAGCUGGACGCAUGCGCUACGCAAGAUCGUGAUCAACUGCUACAAAUAUCAUGGGCGGGAGGACCUGCUGCCGACCUUUGCCGAUGACGAUGACAAGGUCAACGCUUUGAUCUCGCAAUCGGGCGACGAGGAUGAGGACAUGGAACUGUCCAGCACGCCCACCAUCCACACAGUGACAACAAUGACGCCACCGUCAGGGAACAGCAACCAACCGCAGCAGGUCAAUGUGGUAAAGAUCAACAGCGCCGGUACGGUGAUCACCACCCACACUGCCCAGACCAACUCCCCGGCCCCGACGAUCAUACAGAGCACCAACAACCAGCAUGUGACCACUACGGCCACCCUACCGGCCUCCACCAAGAUUGAGAUAUGCCAGGCGCCGGCACAACAGCACCACCAGCAGCAGCAGCAGCACCAGCAACAACAACAGCAGCAGCAACAGCAACAGCAGCAGCAGCAGCAUCACCAACAGCAACAGCAGCAGCACCACCAGCAACAGCACCACCAGCAGCACCACCACCUACCCGCCGGCAGCACCGUUCACAUCCAGCCCAUCAGCGGCGGACAGCCGCAGACCAUUCAGCUGACGACAGCCAGCGGGACGACCACGGCUACAGCUGUGCAAACGACGGCAGCCGCCGUAAGUGCCGCCCAGGCAGCGGCCGCAGCCCAGAAUUCGGCCGCCCAGACCGUCACUGCCCAGCAGAUAGCGAAUGCCCAAGUUUGCAUCGAGCCCAUAACGCUGAGCGACGUUGAUUACACCACGCAGACGGUUCUCUCGCAGAACGCUGAUGGCACGGUAUCCCUCAUCCAGGUGGAUCCCAAUAAUCCCAUUAUCACGCUGUCGGACGGCACAACCGCCCAGGUGCAGGGUGUGGCAACGUUGCAUCAGGGAGAGGGCGGAGCCACCAUUCAGACCGUACAAAGUCUCACCGAUGUCAACGGGCAUGAGAACAUGACCGUGGAUCUGACCGAGACGCAAGAUGGCCAAAUUUAUAUCACCACCGAGGACGGCCAGGGCUAUCCCGUCUCUGUAAGCAAUGUGAUCUCGGUGCCCGUCUCCAUGUACCAAUCCGUGAUGGCCAACAUGCAGCAGCUCCAGACGAACAGCGACGGCACCGUGUGCCUGGCCCCCAUGCAGGUAGAUACCAGCGCCACGCGCACCUCCAGCUCGGCCUCAGGGUCUCAGCCGCCGGCCACCGGCUCCCUGCAGUGCUACUCGCUGAUCAGCGCUGGCCAUGCCGUUCUCGGCAGACGCAGUGGCGGUAGCGGUGGCAGUAGCAGUGGAGCGACCCUGGGGCACCACCAACAGUCGCUCACAUUGCAGGCAGCUCCUGUAGGGGCGCGCUACUAUCUGGCGGCAGCGCCUGCGGCGGCCACCACUGCCAACAAUCACAGUAGCAGUAGCAGCCAAAGUAGCAGUAGUGCGGGCUUUAAUGUCCACCAGAACCAUAGUCACCAUCCCCACCACAACAACAACAACAAUAGUACCCUUGCCAAUAACAACAACAGCAGCAGCAAUAGCAUUAAGAGGCCCCUUCCCAUUUUGCUGGCAUCCCCCAUACCCAAUACCAAUCCGACUGCCCCCACCACCACAACGGCAGCAACGUCAACACGCUCCACGCGACGUGUGGCGGCGACCAGCAAGGCCCAAGACCAGCAAACCUUGGCACAGAAGCGUCGCAAGACUGGGAGGAGCAGCCGCAAGGUACCCGCAAAGGCGGCAGGCGAGAAUUUCGCCUCAAGCGACUCCCCUGUGGGCAUGGGCUCGAGCUCCUCCUCUGCCGCUGCUACAGCUGCCGCCAUACGUUGCGUGGACAGUGCCAGUCUUACAAACAUGCAGCUGCAGCUGCCGGCCAGAACGAUUAAGCUGGAGAAUUUUGAGUAAAAGUCCAUAGUCGUAAACCAGUUGACCCGUCGUACGGGUCGCGAAAACCCCACCCAGAUAUGCAUAGAUACAGAUACAGGCGCACCUCUCGAAUCUAGUCAAGAAGCGGCUUUGCACAACAAAACACACACAAUACAUACGCAACAUUUAGCUAACGAUAUAGAAACACCUCAUACAAGACACAGAUACACACACUUGCCAUCUAUACUUAGAAGAAAAUAACACAUUGUGAAUGCCCGAUGAAACGAGGAACGAGGAAACAAUGCAGGAAGAGUAGGAAAAAACGUAGGAACAGUUCCUGGAUAGAACUGGAUUAGAAUUUAUUUUGAGUUCGGAUCGGAACAGAAAACUUCGAUGAAUCGAAAGCAGAAAACCAAAUAGGAAUACAAUUUGUUGAUAAUUGAAACAAGAACCAAAAAUCAGAAUAUGCACGCACGGAGAUAGCUGUAAAAUCGAAAGGAAAAGGAAACUAAAACUAAAACGAAAAUUAAAUUAAUCAGUCAUGUUCCUAGUUAAUCAAGCUGCAAACCAAUCAUGGAUAUCCGUUUUUGUUGUCGUUUGUUUUAGUCUUAAGUGAUUUAUAUAGUCGUGCACAUAAUCUUGCUAGGGCAUAGAGUGGAACUCAAACCAAAUAUUUUAGAAAGUAAAUGUAGUGAGGAAUUGCAAUUGGAAUGCUAGGAAAAUCUUGAGUUAGUUUAGUUCGGUAAGUAGUCAAGCGAACAGGAACCUAGUUUAAAUCAUAACCCAUCGUAACCCGUAACCCAAACCAAAUUUUAGUCAAUCCCGCAAUGAAAAUGUAGACAAAAUGAAAUCAGUUAAGCGCCAGAUAUAGCCAGAGCAGAGCAUGCCAUCGAUUUUUAUUUUAUUUUGUGCCUUGGAUUAGCCCUAAAACACAUAUAGCGAGUAGAAUAUAUAGUUAUACAUAUAUGGGAUAUAUGUACAUACGCGUAUCCCAUCACUUGCCUGGCAUACCCAGCCUUUUGGGUCGCUCGCUGCAAGCAUUGAAAGUGCAUAUAAAGUUAUUUUUAUGUUGAUCUAUGACUAUUUUUAUUAUGAUUAUUAUUAUGUUUUAUUCAAUUAUUAUUAUUGUCAUUAUUUGAAUGUUUAGUUUAAUGUGUAAUUGAAAAUAUUAUAUGUAUUUUAGUUGUUUUAGACCAAAUGUUUCUCCGCAGCUCUACCCCUGCGCAGGGGUAGCCGCUCGGAGCCAAAGUGAAGUGAAAGUGAACGUAAACG